GCAGACUAGUCGACCAAGUGAUAUUGUCAGAUUACUGGCAAACAUGUACAGCGUACCGGAGACCUCCGUAGUUUCUGCCACCGUCUGUAGAAAUGGAAGACCAGUAUUCAUUGUUUAUUCCGAUAGUUACACCAGAGUGACAAGAACAGUUGAUUUCGGACAUGAUGUAAUAAUAAAAAACCCGAAGGACAUUAACGGAGAGGCCCAAACAGUAACACACCAUUGUGACAAAGAAGGUAUUAUUAUUGGCACAGAAGAGCUUAAAAUCCUUCAACGUGGAAUAGCUGAGAACGCGAAGGAAUGGUUUGGUUCCCAUUCAAAUCUGAACAUAUUGAGUGUGUCACCCGUGAAAUCUAAACAGCAGGGAGAUCAGAUCUCAGCAUGUCCUUGUAUUGUUUUUUACUGCAGCUCAAAGGGAUACAUUCCGUUCCCAUAUAAAGAAUUUCCACGGACGGUAGAAGUCGGGGAUGAACGUGUAGCUAUUGAUGUCAGGGAGGGUUAUUUUCGGUUCACUCCUUUUAUUCCACCACGUUAUAUUCCAAUACCCAGUAACCUUUUUCAUCAUCAGUUGCGUAUGGGCUGUAGUUUUGGUGUUGAAACGAUUCCCAAAUUCCGCUGGUACUAUUGGACCGUUUGUGGAGUAUGAGAGUGAAAUUGCCUUUCUCACUUGUGCUCACAUUAUUUAUGGCAUCGAUCCUAGAGGUUAUGACUUUGCAAAUCCAAAAAUAUAUAUUGAACAACCGCCUACAUCCUUUAGUCAUCGUUCUCAAAAUCGCUGCGGAGAAGUUAUCAAAGCAGUGUUUAAGCCUAACUCCAACACUAGUAUUGAUGCUGCUUUGGUUCUCAUAACAGAUCAGCAAAGGCUUCCAAAAAGAGGACAAUUUGCCAUCGACAACGAAUAUCGUUACAGAGACUCAGGUUUUGAUGAUAUGCCUGUGUUCAACUCUGGCAUCGUCGCGAGCCAUCCCAACCAAGGCGUAAAUAAGCGAAUUGUUAAAUUUGGAGCCUCAACGCACGUAACAAGCGGUUUGUUGGUUUGUACAGGGUCUGUAGUAAGACCUCUGUCACACGAGCUGCAACUUUACGGGAACUGCCCAACGAAUACUGAUGCAAAACCAGCUGGAAGUCCAGGGGAUGAAAACCGCUGAUCGUAGUCCAAGCCAACCGGACCCUGAUCGCUUCUUUAAGUGUGGAGAUUCCGGAGCUGGUGUGUUUUAUGUCGACAAUUCACCUGCUGGACAGCCACUCACGUGCAUUGGAAUGGCAAUUGGUAGCACUUCUUAUGGAUCUGCAAUUGUUACUCCAAUUAAGGAUGUUCUAUCUGCUCUAAAAUUGCCAGCGGACACUUUACUCAGGUUUCAGUGAUCCUGAAUACCAGUAUAGAAUCCAAUACUGAGGAUAUUUCUGACAAUAUUUGGAAAACAUGAAUGAUCCAGGAUUUUGCUUCUGGUAAGAAUGUUUUAUUUAACUUUGUGUUUGCACAGUGAUAGUCAAGAACUAAUGAUUAAUAAGUAAAAGACAUCAAUGUAUCUAUCAGUCGAGAAACCGGAGACUUGAAGUUUUUAUUGCUAUUUCGCAACUACAUGUAGUAGAUUUCCCCAGAAAUUCCAUUUUAGGUUCUGCUUUGUACCAUGAAGUACAAUCAUAGUAUUAUGCAGUCAGUGUGAAUAGAAUAUGCUACUAGGAAAAAAGGUAAUGGAAGCAUUUAAGACUAUAUUAUUGUUGGCGCAAAAAUUCUAUAUUUUAUAGGUGUGUGUUUUAAAUGAUUGUACUGAAUGGCUGAAUUAUUUUAAACUUUGGAAGCGUUUAUGCAUAAGUACUAGAUAGAGUGAUUGCCAUAUACCUGAGAAUAAAUCAUUAGGUUAUACUUUU